GCUUAAGUUCUGGGGCAGCAGUGUUAAGUCCUUCAGAGUGAGCGCAGGACGUGGGGGAGAGAGUCGGCAUGGCCCAGAAAAAUAACUUUCCGUUCUCCAUCAGGGAAUAUAGACCCUCGGAUCAACGCGCCGUCAUGGCGCUCUUCCACGACGGCAUACGCGAACACGUGUACCCGGCUUUCUUCAAGGCCAUGAGCCACCCGGACCACGUUGGCAUUGCUCUGAGCAUUUCCAUGGCCGGUUACGUUCUCGGAGGCAGCUCCUACUUCCAGGCCGUGCUCUUUGGCGGCGCGUGGGCCGGCCUCACCUACUACUGCUGCCAGGAGAUUUACGAGGGCUACGCCAAGAGGAGGCUGAGCGCGGACAUGGCGGACAUUCCAGCCAACUACCUGGAGAACCCAGACAGCGGUUUCUGGGUGGCGGAGGCGGACGUCGGCGGCCAGUCCAAGCUGGUGGGGAUCAUGGCGGUGACCGGGAAAGAGGGAGGGGCGGAAGGUGAGAGGUUCCGCGACCCGGACGCGGGAGCGGCGGGAGGAGGAGGGGAGGAGGACGAGGAGAAGGAGGAUGAGGUCGCCCGAGACGCCGCCGACGGGAGCUACGGCGAGAUGUCCCACGUGGUCGUGGCGUUUCCGUGGCGGCGCAAAAACCUGGGCUCGCAGCUGACGAAGAAGGCCCUGGACUUCUGCAAAGAGCGGGGACACGCCCGCCUCGUGCUGGACGUCAGCUCGCCGCAGAAGGAAGCCAUCGCGCUGUACCAAAAAUUGGGUUUUGUUCAAACUGCGUCCCACAGCGACACACACGCCAACCGCUGGUUCUCCAAGCUGGCGAGGAUAAGUGUGAUGCGGAUGGAGAAGUUCAUUUGAGGAACUUUAGACCUCUGCACCUCAGUGUACAUUAAGAAAAUAUCAGUUAAUUUAUGCUUCUUAUCUAAUUUAAUCAGAAAAAUCGUUCUGUUUUGUGAUACACGACCACUCACGUGUCCAUUAAAUGUAAUGUUUUUUAACAAAGCAGCAUUAAUCACCUCA